AUGAUUAAAGAUGCAGAGGCAAUCGUACAACGCAUCACUGAUUUUUCUGAAGUGCCUCAACAAUUUCUUUCACCUAUAUGGGGUUACGAUGCAAUGCCUGUGGUAUCACUCGAAGAAGCCGUUGAACCACUCGUUUCUCUUUUACCAGCUGUUAAAAGUUACGCCUAUUCAGCAGAGGAGAUGUGUAAACAACCUGCCGAUGGUUUGACACAAAAUGAGUCAGCCGCAAUCGUGCUCUAUACUAUGAGUUGGGAGCCACUCGAAGAAUGUCUUUAUCACGCUCUGAAUGCCGCACUACGAUCAGUAAGCAGGCAACAACUAAAGCCGUGGUUCUCUUAUUUGAAAUUGUUGCUUACUGCACUCUCUCGACUUCCAUUGACUUCUAGUCGAACUAUCUAUCGAGGAAUAAAAUUAGAUUUCAGUCACCAAUAUUCUAUGCGCGAUACAAUCGUAUGGUGGGGCUUUACAUCGUGCACUGCAUCAAUCAAUGUUUUACAAUCAGAACUAUUUCUUGGUAAAACUGGAAGUAGAACAAUGUUCACUAUCGAAACUGAUUCAGGCAUAGAUAUUCGUAACCAUUCUUAUUUCAAGACAGAAGACGAAGUGCUUCUUCUACCUGCUAGACAGUUUAAAGUUCAUGGAUGUCUUGAGCAAGGCAGUGGGCUUCAUGUCGUUCAACUUAAAGAAAUCAAGACAUCUGUUCCUUUAUUGCAACCAGUAACUGUAGAAUGUAUCUAUCCCGAUGGUAGUCGAUAUAAAGGAAAUCUCAGAGGGGGUAAGAGACAUGGACGUGGUACCUACGAUUUUGUCAAUGGUGAGAAAUAUGAGGGUGAGUGGGCUGAUGAUCAAACAAAUGGAAUAGGAAUUCGCAACUUUCCCAAUGGAAAUCGAUAUGAAGGAAAUGAAAGAAAUGGUAAGCGACAUGGUUAUGGUAUCCUCUAUUUCGUCAAUGGAGAGAAAUAUGAGGGCGAUUGGGCCAAUGAUAAAAAGAAUGGAAGUGGAAAAUAUACAUGGUCGCAAAAUCUUCAAUAUGAAGGAACAUUAAGAGAUAAUAAAAAGGAUGGACAUGGUAUAUUAAGGUUUGCCAGUGGUCGUGUUCGAAAAGGCAUUUGGGAAAAUGACAAAUUUAUUGGUUGA